CCGUUAUCAGUAAUCGUUCGACGUUCGCGCGCCGCCCGAGCCGCGCACCCGGUACCAGUUCACCAUUCGAGUCCAGCAGCUUUCCAUUCGCACCGCUCUCACGUCCGUCAGUCGUUUCUCUUCGGUUUUCCUCAGUGCGUCCAAUCAAGUUCUUCUGCCGUUCGCCGACGACCACUGCGCUUCAGCCGAAAAUCCGUCUUCGCACCAUGUCUUUCGAAGAAGCAGUCGACAAAGUGAAGAACUUGAACGAAACCCCCAGCGACAAUGAAUUGUUGGAACUAUACGGGCUGUAUAAGCAAUCCACGGUUGGAGAUGUAAACACAGCCAAACCAGGCUUUUUGGACUUCAAAGGAAAAGCCAAAUGGGAAGCGUGGAACGGUAGAAAAGGCAUGAGUAAUGAUGAAGCAAAAAACAAGUAUGUUGAAAUUGUCGACAAGCUCGUUGAAAAAAUUGGCCUCAAAGCUUAAGUCUAUUGACUCCUCUCUCAAUGAUCUUGUGCUACACGAACAUUACUUAAGUUUACUUAAUCUACUUAAUAAAAUAAUACAAAUCAUGUAUGUAUUAUGACGGCCAAACUUAACCAAUUGAUUGUAUCCUUCAAUGUGCUUUCAAAUCGCACAUUUAAAUUAUUUAUUAUAUUAAUUUACAUCACAGUAAAAUUAUUUUAAUUAUCUAUCAAAAUGUAUAAUUUAUUAGAAUAUUAUUGUUUAGAAAUCAAAUGACUUUUUCAAUGAUCUAUUGGCAAAUUUAUGUUAAUACGUAUCAUUCUUAUUGAUAAUUUUUUUAUUAAUAUCUAGUUUAUAUCAUUUUUUUAUGUAAAAAAUUGUGCCUUAAAAUAAGACCUUUUUUUAUGAACUAUGCAAAAAUGAAAUUUUAUUUUAUAUUUUAGUAUGCACGCAAUCAUAUUGUAUUACAUGAUCAGCAUUCAAAAUAAAGUUUCCUGGUUGGUUUGUAA